AUGACUACAACUCGCCAAAAUGUGCGGGCACAGGACAUCGAAGUUGGCUGUAUACUGUUCCUUCCAAGUACAAGCUUUGCGGGGGAUUUGAAAUGUAUGUGGUCUGAUGUCAAUGGCCAUCCUUGUCGAAACAAGGGACGUUGUGUUUUGAAGCAAGAGGGGCAUAAUCACCCUGUAGUGAUCAUUGGAAAACAUUAUGGGCCCAAUGGGAUUAUGCCAGGCAUACCUAAGCUAUCAUUUGUUCAAAUGACUCAUGGUACCUUCCACAGUCCUACUACCUCUGGGCCGUCGAUCUUCUCCCCCUGCGGACAUUACUAUGGCCCCUGGAGCACUGGACGAUCAAGAUUCCCAGAAAAUUACCGCUCACGCUACUGGUUUCGGGGUAUCGAGUAUCUCUGCGAUGGUCCAACCAAUUUCCGAAUCCCUCAUGUUUUCUUCGCUUCGCCGAGGAGCCUUAAAACUAUGACCACGGGUCCUGGGGCACGAGCAUACGAUUCACGUUUGGAUGAAGGAUCUUAUCUGAGGUUGAUGCAACGACUAAAUCUCGAGCCCAAGCCAUAUGUACCUGAUUGUUAUUCGGACCAUGAUUGGCCUGCACUUCCCAAUGGCGACUCAGCCGAGCAUGAACAACCAUCUUCCCACAACGAUACCAGUAGGCCUUCUGGGGUUGAACCGGUGAAUUCGUCCAACCAGCCGCAUGGUCAUCAUAUUGCAAAUCGCGGAUGUAUGGGAGAUAACUAUAACUUGGAGUCGUACCUAGCAGUACCUAUCCUUGGCCCUGCUCCUCGCGGUAACAAGAUCCUUUAA